AUGAUGAGAGCAAAAGAAAUUGGUUUGACCACCGCAAAAGCAGUAACUUUAGCGCAACAACUAGUGAAUCGACAGAAGACAAAAUAUGACCUUAUAGAUGAAGGUUUUCGUCGAUACACAUAUAAUGAUAGGGAAGGAUUACCUGGAUGGUUUUAG